AUGGCAGACCAGAAAGAACAAUACAUUAACGUAUGCUUCCUUGGACACGUGGACAGUGGUAAGAGUACUACCAUCGGGCACCUGUGUUACAAGCUAGGAGCAAUCGACAAGAGAACACUAGAGAAGCUAGAAGAAGUAGCAAAAGAGCACGGAAAGGGAUCUUUCAGUUACGCUUUCUUCUGCGAUAACAACAAAGCAGAGAGAGAGUCUGGUAUCACCAUCCAGGUCUCCAUGAAAGUUGUGAAGACCGCCAAGCACACCGUAAACAUCCUGGACUGCCCAGGGCACAGAGGGUUCCUGAAGAACAUGAUCACCGGAACCGCCCAGGCAGACGUGGCAGUCAUCAUUGUCCCCGCUGCACAGGGAGAGUUUGAGAGAGCAAUCACAGAAACAGGAACUCUCUACGAGCACAUCGUCCUCGCGCACACCCUUGGUGUGUCCAAAGCCAUCGUAGCCAUCAACAAGCUCGACACCCUUGGAUCCGAGGCAGACGCAGAGAAGAGAUUCGUUGAGAUCAGCGAGAACAUCAAAGCAAAGAUGAAGAAGAUGUACAACAUAAAGACAACUCCCAUUGUCGCCAUUUCUGGAUUCAAGGGAGUUGGUCUGGUCGCAGAGGGCGAGAAGUUUGGAUGGUUCAAAGGAUGGACCCCAGAAGACGCACCCGCAGACUUUGUCCCCAUCAGAUCCCUCGAGGAGGCCAUCGACUACUACCCCAUCCCCAAGAGAAUGACGGAGUCUCCUCUCAGAAUCCCUCUGACAAACAUCCUGGAAAUCAAGGGAAUCGGCAGAGUGUACACCGGGCGUGUGGAGUCUGGAGUCUGCACCGCAGGAAUGAAGGUGCACAUCUCCCCCGCAGGAGUCAGCACCGAAGUGAAGACCAUGGAGAUCCACAAGACCGCAAGAAAGAGAGUAGAGGCAGGAGAGAACUGCGGUAUCACCCUGAAGGCCAACCAGGACACCGACAAGAUCAAGCAGGGAGCCGUCAUCGCAGACGCUGCAAACCCAUGCAUCAAGGGAUUCGCUGCAUACGCAACCGUUAUCUUCAUUGGAAAGGUGAAGUGCAUCAAGGCAGGAUACGCGCCCACCAUGGACAUUGCUGCUACCCACGUGAGCUCCGUGUUUGCACAGCUGUGCGACAUCGGAACAAAGAAGGGCAAGGAGUUCGUGGUCACCGCUGACAGACCCUCCGAGAUCGCAGGCACAAGACCGUGCGCUAGAGUCAUCAUUGCCCCCUCCAAGCCCACUGUUAUGGAGAAGUUCUCGGAGUUCCCAUUCCUUGGUAGAUUCGCUUUGAGAGACAUGGGUAAGACCAUUGGCGUGGGCAUCAUCCACGAGGUUCUUGACAAGGCACAGACUGAAGUAAGAGUGCCAGAGUUCUUCAACACAGGAAAGAAGGCCGUUAAGAAGUAA